CAUUUCCAAAGGUCGCAUUGAGGAAGCUGAUGUUAUUUUGGCUGAUCUACAGGAAGGCGGGCACACUAUAUUGAGCCCCACGUUACUGGCCGAGCGCAACGAGAUCGUCCGUGCGUACAAGCUUGAAACCGAGAACGCCAUGACUUGGUCCCAACUUAUCCGUGGAGGGUCAGACAAGGGUGGAUCUAGAGCUCUACGCCGUUUUGUGCUUGGUCUGGGCACCCAGCUUAUAGUCCAAUUAUCCGGCAUCAACGCCACCUCUUACUAUCUCCCAACCGUCUUGAUAGAGUCCGUCGGACUUGAAGAAAAGCUGGCUCGUCUCCUGACCGCUGUCAAUUCGGUCCAUUACAUAUUUUUCUCAUACCUGGGAAUGAUGCUCAUUGACAAAUGGGGCCGUCGUGGUGCGAUGAUCUACGGAACUUCGGGGUGCUUUAUAUGCUAUCUCGUUCUUACGAUUCUCGUCCGGACUGGACAGUACACCACUGAUGAUGGAUUGAGAUACAGGGUGGGAGCGGCCUCGGUGUCGAUGAUCUUCCUUUUCUAUGCUAUCUUUGGCGCCGGUUGGCAGGGUACGGCAUGGCUCUACAACACCGAGAUAAACUCCCUGGCCAUGCGAAUGAAGGGAGCUUCAGCCAGUGUUGCCACUCAAUGGGCCAUUAAUUACAUGGUUGUUCAAAUCACCCCCAUCGGCAUUCUGAACUUGGGCUGGAAGUUUUACCUUAUCUGGGUCUUUAUGCAGUUCUUCUCCAUACCGAUUCUAUACGUCUUUUACCCCGAAACUGCGAAUAAAAGACUUGAAGAUAUCGACAUUGUCUUCGACGAGGGUCUGCGCAUCUGCGUUUUUCUGGAUAAGGAACCUACUCAGGUCCGGCGUCCCUCUCGCUUUAUUGCAAUGGAAGAGCAGGAGGUGGAGCAGGCUGCUCAUAAUGUUAAGAAUGUCGGCACCGAAGAUGAAAAGGCUAAGCAUACUGUAUCUCACUCUGAGAACUAA